GCUCCUCCGACCACCAUGUCUACACCCAACGAUUCACCGAUUUCCGCGCCCAUCCAACCUCUCCAUAACCCCGCUCAGGCAGCAACUGUUGUAGUACCAAAGGCACCCCUCGGAAAUGUUGCAAACCAACCGGCAGGAAUGGGAGCCAAGGCGUUGCUUGCAAAGAAGAUGGCAAAGACUAUGAACCCUACCUUCGUCUCCCCAACUGACAACCUCAUGACGCCGUGUACCCAAAAACUGUCUGCUGCAAAGAAGAAGCAUUUCACAAAGGGUGCGAAGCCUAUCCAGCUAUUUGCUCAAACGGAGGAGAAGACGGACGACAGCGACGACGACGAAGUACUCGCUGUGGCACCAGACUCCAACCAACAACCCCAGCUCGCUAUGGAGGUCGACGAGGAGAACCCGUUCUGA